GCACUGCUUGCUCCCUCUCAUCCCCGGCUUUGGCAGCUGUUGCAUCCCCCUCCGUCCUGCGCUGUCUCCCAGACAAUGUUCAGGUGGCUUCUGCCGCUGCUCCUGCUCUCCUCCUCUGCACUAAUCCGGGCGGAAGCCGAGGAGGAAGAGGCUGGUGACAAUGCGACUGAACUUGUGGUUGAGACCUUGGAGAAGCCCGAGUCCUGCGUGGAUACGGUGGCUCACGGGGACACUAUUCAGCUCCACUACACGGGAAGGUUGGACGAUGGACGUGUAAUAGACAGCUCCCUAUCUCGGGACCCCCUUGUGGUGGAAAUUGGAAAGAAGCAGGUGAUCCCAGGUCUGGAAGAGAGCCUCAUAGGCAUGUGUGUUGGAGAGAAACGCAAAGUGAUUAUCCCCCCUCACUUGGCAUAUGGCAAGAGAGGAUAUCCACCUUCUAUACCAGGUGACGCUGUGCUGCAGUUUGAGACGGAGGUGAUAUCGUUGUCCAAGCCCACACAGUGGCAGACAUUUGUGAAUAAAGUCCUGCCCCUGCUAUGCAUUGGCUUGGUGCCCACACUGCUGGGGCUUAUUGGGUACCACCUUUACUCCAAAUCAAAAUCCCCUGCCGUGUCUAAGAAAAAGCUUAAAGAGGAAAAACGGAACAAAGCCAAAAAGAAAUAAAAGACUCUCGCUUUCUCAAA